CUUCUAAAUUGCUGAUUAAAGACCUUGUGCAAUCAUCGAUUGUCAGGGGUGAUGUGAUACCAGAGGUAAUUUUCUUUGGUCUUUCACCUGACUCGAAGUCAAUGGUCUUCACUUUAAGUCGACUUCGCGACUCCACUUUAUUGAGGCAGUUUUGGGAGCAAAAUGGAAGCAAAGUACUCACGAUUAUUGCACAAAGAGGAGGGCAAAAUACUUCUAUAACUGUUGCAGAUGUUCUGGAGUUAGUUUGGAUACCGUCUAAAGAGCAGCUUCUGUCUUUGAAACAGCGUUUUCUAAGUGGUGAAAUUCCGUUUAAGGACGUAGACAAGUUGCUUGAACUAUUCGACAACAAGUAUGAAGAUCUUGCGCAAGAAAUCCGCAUCAUUUCUUCAAACAAUGGACGACAAGAUCAUUUGCUCGAAGAAAAAAUCGGGCAACGCAUGAGGAAAAUAAAGCAGUACCACAAAUUACAUACUUGCAUGAAGGCUGCUGGAAUUAUGCUAAAGUUCAAGAACGCUGUCGGUCUUGAAGGUGACUUCCAAGACGCUGAAGUUUUGUACAACCAGAUGGACAGAAAUUUCAAACAGAGGCCGUUGCAAAGCAUGAAUGAUGCCUUAGAGAGGACGGGUAAUUUAUUAUCUGGAAUAACAGAUAACCACGCAAAAUCCCUUGAUGUUGUUACCCAAUGUCAAGACUUCAUUUUAUGGUUGAAGGAGACCAUCAAAGGGCCUCAAGAACUCAAGGUGCUUGUGGAUUUGGCAAUUAUAUCAGAUGCGGAGAAAGGCCUGGAAACUGCGAGAAUAACCCGCUUACAUGCUAGCUGCUUAGGAUUUGCUCCCCUUAUUUUUGACUUGGAAACUUCCUUUGGCUUCAAAGACUUGAUGGAAUUGUGUAAACCAGUGUGGAAUGCUGUGGAUGCAGACCCCGACCUCCCUGAUAAAUUGCUGGAAACCAGCCUUCAGAUAGAAUGGAUAAAGGCUGUCAGAACGUCCCACGGUUCGGUGGCCGUUUCCUCCCUGCUGGAGGCUGAGACAAUAAAUUUACAUGGCGUCUACUGUGUUGGAUGUCUUAAUGGAGAUACUUCAACAUCAACAACAAUGGAGCAACUGACUCCUGAAAAGGUCAUUCAACUCCGGAUGCCUGCUGGGGACAAUGAGCAUAGCAAGAGUUACACUCUUAACGAUCUGAAGGAUUUGCAGAGCAAACUGAUGCUUAUUGCGGCCAAGGCAUCGAAAGGAAAAGACGAAAUAGACAGAUUUUCAGACAUUCUGCAAUGUGUCCUGCGACUUGCUGCAGUGUACAUUUCACUUUGCAAAGCAGGAGAAGUGAAUCAUCUAAACUGGAGACGUGAAUUUCAUUGUUCACCAAGACUUACCACGAACCACUCUUUGACAGAUGAGCUAAUGGGUGAAAGUGAACAAAUGGAACAAUGUCUUCAAGACUGGAAACGUGAAUUACGGGUAAAACGAUUGCAAUAUGGCCAAUUAAAUCACUUCACCACGGGCCAGUUGCUUUUCCUUCGGCAAGAAUUAGCAGUUGUGAAGGGAAGAGGUCCCAGAGCAGUAGAUGGUGUACCUCUUGAGGUGUAUAAUCUCUUGGAGAGUGUGUUGCCAGGUAUUGACCCAGCCACUUUGAAGUCUGCCCUUGUAUUCAGUGGCAUUUGUCCUCAAGAAAGUGGGCAGGAUAUCAUCAGGUCGUACGGCGUAAGCAGUGAAAGUCACCAUCGGAGUGAACAAAUGAGCAGACCUGUCAAUGCAAGGACACUGCCUUCUUCAAACCAAGAAAUGUUCCAAUCACUUGUGGAUAAGCUAGAGUCACUUGGUUAUUCUGAAGAAGUUGCUAUAGCCGCGAUGGUCUCAUGCAAAGAUGCCAGUGAGGCAGAUCUUAUCGUUUGGAGUGUGAAAAACAGCGCAAAUGAGGAACUGAUCACUGCUAAAUACGCCGAGGCACUGAGUGAUCCAACGUAUGCGCGACUUUUAGAGGGUGAAAGCAUCACACCCCUUGAAAAAAAAAGCCAUUCAAAGGGGGAAGUGGCAUUUGAAGAAGAAAAUUCUUCAGAACCUAUGGAAACUACUUUCACCUUCGACCAGACUGCAGGAGGAAAGUUUUUGAGUCUUGAUGACCUGGGAAAUCUUUUGCUUCAUCUAGCGUCACAAGGAUCUAAAGGACGAAGAAGGCUCAUUCCAAUGUAUCUCAAACGUGGAAAGCCUAAUUUUAUGGUUGUUCCAAAAGAUGACGUCAUUGGAACUUUACUGUCUUUAUACAUGCAUGACAGUUCGCAGUCUCUACCCACGGCAGAGGAAGUUUUGAUUUGUACUCCAGACACAACGACAGAAGAGAUUGAAUUAUUGUGGCGAAGAUCCCUGGCAGACCACGAUGGCAGGUUGUUUUGUCUGGUAAAUGUUGACCUUCUUGAUUACAGUGUUUCCCAAAAGGCUGCCGACGUCUUAGAUGUUUUUCUGCAUGAGCCUCAAUACAGUCGAAAUGAGGACGUGUCUCUUGUGGUUAUCUGUAGUUCCGAAAAUGAAGACAGAGCUCACAUGGCUGCAGCUCUUGAUCAGUACAAGCUUGGCACUAUUACCCAUUGUCGUUCGUCCGGAGAGAUAAGGCAGUACCUGAAAGAACAGUUCAAGCCACCUACUCAACAACAAGGAAAGUUCAGAGGUCGAACAUUGCCUUGGAUUUCUGCAGCUGCAUUAGACAGAGAAGGGCUAGCUGUAAGAGUUAUGUCAUCAGAAAGAGCUGGAUCUGGGAAAAGUUUAGCUGUUUGUCGACUCAGCCAACGCCUUAGUGAACUUCAAAAUAAUGAAACAGUAAUGGACUACCUGAGGGACAUGAAUACCGAUAUGCCACUUUGCAUUAAUGUACCGAUUUAUGGACCGAUUAUUCACCAAAGUGCUGUGGUCGAGUCCUUAUUGCACCACACCGUUGCUCCUGAUUUACCUGUAUCCAGAAUAUUUCACGUUGAUGUGCAUCCCUCGGUCAGAACUGGUCUGGAUACACUUCUGUUUAAUCUGUUUAUCCUUGGUGCCUUGAAGAGUUGUACUGGUCAGAUCUGGAGGCGUCGAUCUUCCGACCUCUAUGUUAUUGAAAUUACUUCAGCCCUACCUCGAGGGGAAAACCAAACUGCUGAGAAACGACUUAAGACUGCAAAGGUUGUUAGUUCCAAGAAAGUCACAGCAGAGCCUUUUUACAGGCUUCUUCCCACUAUUCAUUGUGGAACACCUAUGCAAACAUUAUUUAAAUUGAGAACUAAUCCAACAGCUGGCAAGAGUUUGGACCCCUUGUUUGACGCUGCUGAAUUUAAGAGCUCGUAUGUUCAGCGAGCCUUUCAGUACCUCAAGUUGUGUGACGCCGGAGGCCAAAAUCUGGAUACUUUCUGCUUUGUACCCGGUCAAGUGAUGGGUGACCAUACAGAGUGCAUUGAGAUACUCACAAGAAAUUGUGGUAUCGAGAACCCUUCGUGGGCGGAGAUACGCCACUUUGUGAACUUUCUCGACUCCCAGCUACAAACCUGUGAAGACAGCUCGUUCUGUAACAUGGAAUUGGUAGGAGACACACUUGAGGGUUUUAGAAGCUUUGUGGUUCGUUUUAUGGUUUUAAUGUCACGGGAUUUUGCCACACCAUCCCUAAAUUCUUGCGAACAAACCACUUACACUCCUGGCCCGGAUGAUGAUGCGGUCGAUGAUGAAGCAGCAGCUGUAGUUACACAGUUUACUCUCAGAAGACAUUGGGAGACCAGUUCGCAUCCGUACAUAUUCUUCAACCAGGAUCGUAUCACUAUGACUUUCGUUGGCUUUCAUAUUGACCCAAAUGGGAACUUAAUCGAUCCAGAUCGUCAUGUUAUCAUUCAGCAAAAUUUGAUGUCGAGGCACUUGCGUACUGGCCUCCAUGUUCAAAAGGUUGACAUGCAAACCAACUAUGAAUCUUGGAGCAAGGGCCAGAAGAUUGAGAAACUCUGUGGAGUAAUGGGUGUCGAAUGGCCGUAUGAUCCAGACGACUCGUACGAACUCACCACGGACAACUUGAAGAAAAUUCUAGCCAUCCACAUGCGAUUCAGGUGUGGCAUUCCUGUGGUCAUCAUGGGUGAGACUGGCUGUGGCAAAACAUGCCUUAUUCGGUACAUGUGUGGCUUACAGUCUGGGCCUGGUGGACCUAAAAACAUGCUGCUAAUGAAGGUUCAUGGAGGUACUACCUACGAAGACAUUAAGAAGAAAGUGGAAGAUGCUGAGGCAAUGGCCACGGAGAACGAAACAUUGAACAUCGACACAGUUUUGUUUUUUGACGAGGCUAACACAACUGAUGCCUUAGGAAUGAUCAAGGAGGUUAUGGUUGAUCGCAGAGUCAACGGCAGAAAGAUAGGAGUAGGGCUCAAAAGGCUGCAGUUUAUUGCAGCGUGUAAUCCUUACAGAAAACAUACGGACGAAAUGAUUCAUAAGUUGGAGUCAGCUGGACUAGGGUACCAUGUUGCCACUCAACAGACACGCGAUCGCCUGGGUCACAUUCCUCUUCGCCAUCUGGUUUACAGAGUUCAUGCACUGCCAGAGAGCAUGCGUCCGUUAGUGUGGGACUUCGGUCAGCUUAAGCCUGAAAUUGAGGAGCUUUACAUCCGUCAAAUUGUCACCAGAUUUGUUUUACAAGAUGCGAAAAUUCCGGGAGAGCCUCCACUGGUGAAAGCCUUGACAGCCAUACUUACAGCUUCCCAGCGUUACAUGAGACACCAAACGGAUGAAUGCAGCUUUGUGAGUCUUCGCGAUGUAGAACGUGCUAUGAAUGUGAUGGUUUGGUUUUACAAUCAUCGUGAUGCUCUCAAUCCCUUAAUGAAUGGUGCUACCGAUGAAGACAGUGAUGACGAAGAUGACGAUGAUGACGACAGCGAUGCCGAUGAUGAGGAGGAUGAAAUAUUUCAACCUCUUGAUGAUGUUACUCGAGCACUUGUGCUCUCCCUUGGAGUUUGUUACCACGCACGCCUCCAAAACAGAGAGCCAUAUCGUCGUGCUGUUGCAAGAAGCUUCGCAAAUCCGUGUCAACUACCAGGUGGACAUGAACGUAUUCUGCAGGAAAUCGCAAGCUGUCAGAAGGCAGUACUAAAUGAACUGAAACUAGGGGAUAACAUUGCUCGCAAUACGGCCUUGAGCGAAAACGUAUUCAUGAUGGUGGUAUGUAUUGAGCUGAGGAUUCCAUUGUUUGUCGUCGGUAAACCGGGUAGCUCCAAGUCACUUGCCAAGACUGUUGUAACUGACAACAUGCUUGGAGAUGCCUCAAGGUCUCCUCUCUUCAAGACGUUCAAGCAGGUCCAGAUGAUUUCUUAUCAGUGCAGUCCGCUCUCAACUGCAGAAGGGAUCAUGGCAACCUUCCGCAAUUGCUGCAACCUUCAGAAAGCCAAUAACCCAGACAAGUUUGUGUCAGUUGUGGUCUUGGACGAGGUUGGCCUCGCUGAAGACUCACCUUUGAUGCCCCUGAAAACUCUUCAUCCGCUACUUGAAGAUGGGGUGAACUCAACUGAUGACGUCAUUGCCACUGAAGGGCACUUUCCGGAAAGAGUGGCCUUCAUUGGGAUCUCUAACUGGGCUCUAGACCCUGCCAAAAUGAACCGUGGAAUUAUGUUAUCACGUGGUCUGCCUGAUUCAGAGGAACUGGUGGAAAGUGCAAUGGGCAUUUGUUCCACCAAUAGACGAAUACAAAGUUUUGUUGCACCACUUAUGAAUCCCCUGACAAGAGGUUACGAACAAUUGUACGAUACUCAAAGACGGUCUGAGACCUUGCAGGAGUCCAAAAAAGAUGAAUUUUUUGGUCUUCGGGAUUUUUACAGCCUUGUGAAGAUGGUGUACAAAGUUGCUGAGGAGCAAGGUCGCGAGCCACGUUGGCCUGAGGUAGAACAUGCCAUUAGAAGAAACUUUGGGGGACUGGAUGAGAUUAAACCUGUGGAAAUUUUCAAACAAUUCGCUUUGGGUGAAAGCCGUAUGAUGGAGCAAAAUGAAGAUCUGUCGUCUGCUUUGAAUCUGAUCAAGGCAAGCCUGAGAGAUCAAAAGGACGCGAAAGGAGAGAGUCGAUACCUACUGGUACUUACAGAAAAUUAUGCCGCUCUGCCGAUUGUUUGGAAAGAGUUUCUUCGAAGUGAUGAUGAAACUCGACCUGGUGACGAACCUGUCGUAAUUUUUGGGAGUAGCUUUCCGAAAGAUCAGGAGUACACACAGGUCUGCCGAGACAUUAAUCGAAUUAAGGUAUGCAUGGAGACAGGACGGACUGUAAUCCUUCUGAAUUUAGAGAGUCUCUACGAGAGUCUCUAUGAUGCUUUGAAUCAGUACUAUUUGUAUUGUGGAGAUCAGAAAUUUGUUGACCUUGGACUAGGAAGUCACCGCGUCAAGUGCCCUGUACACAAUGAUUUCAGACUCGUUGUGAUUGCCGAAAAAGACGUCGUUUACAGCAAGUUUCCAAUACCUCUCAUCAAUCGCCUGGAGAAACAUUAUCUUGUGACGUCAGCCAGUCUCAGUCCUGCACAAAAAAGUGUUGUAGAUCAACUCAAUGAUUGGGUCAACAGAUUUUCUCACGUCAACAUUCCGCGACAUCAACAAAUGAGGAAAUAUUUACCUGGUGAUGCAUUUGUCGGUUACCACGACGAUACUGCAGCAUCAGUAGUGCUACAAGUAUGCAGUGACUUAGACGAGGAUGAACUGUACAGUCGUUUCAACGACAAGAAUUUUUCGGAAAGGGUCCUGAAGAAAUCCCAGGAAUUGCUGUUGCAGUGCGCCACACCUGAUGCUGUGGCAAGGUUGGUUCAUACAAAGCUUGCUACACAGGCAGACCAACUAUGGGAGAUUUACUUUACAGGCCAGGAACAUUCAAGUUUAACAGCUUUCCUUCGAAAUGUGUUAACGACGGAAGAAACGAAAUUGGGCCAGCCCGAGGGAACUUUGAUUCAGGUGACGACUCAUGCUAGGUUGCUGUCGUCGAAUGAUUUGAAAGAUAUUUCAUCUGCUACCUCUUUGCCAUUGUCAAACGUCUCAUGUCUAAGUCUGCAGCAGUUCCACACAGAGCAACAGUUCUGCUCAUCUGUAAGGUGA